CAUCCAUCACCGUGACACAGUUGCCGCACUUAUUGCCAGGUACAUCGCAAGUGACUCGGAUAGCUGGUCUGAGCACUCCAGACUACAACCGAGUCAAUCGCACACCUUUGCGACACAGCAUCUGGCCGACAUGUCCUGAAACUGACUGUCUAAUGCCACAACUUAGCUUAUAGCGUGACCCACGACGGUGCGGGAUGAUGUCUUCGACGAACGAGGAGGACCCGUUCCUCCAGGUGCAGCAAGAUGUUUUGAACCAACUGCAAUCGGCCCGCUCCCUCUUCACCUCCUACCUGCGCAUCCGCUCCCUCGCGACCUCAGCUACCUCGCCCGAGCUCGCCUCGGCCCGCGCGGACCUCGAAUCCUCCCUCAACUCCCUCGCCGAAGACCUCGCCGACCUGGUCGAGUCCGUCCGAGUCGUCGAGUCGAACCCGUCCCACUAUGGCCUCUCCGCCGCCGAAGUCACCCGGCGCAAGCGCCUCGUGCAGGAAGUCGGUGGCGAGGUAGACGACAUGCGCGAGGAGCUCUCCAAAGUCGCCUCCUCCACUUCCGCAGGCGGCGCCGCCGGUCGAAAUCAGAAAGGGAAAGGGAGCAGUGGUACCGACCUCCCAGAGCCAUCCUGGUUUGCGAUUCCCGACGGCGAAGGCGGGGACGCCGACAACGACUACGCUGCCGAGUUUGAGCGCGAGCAGCAGGUCGUGAUGAUGCGCGAGCAGGACGAGCAUUUGGACGGAGUCUUCCAGACGGUGGGUAACCUGCGGCGCCAGGCGGACGACAUGGGGCGGGAGCUGGAGGAGCAGGUCGAGAUGCUCGAGGUGGUGGAUCAGCUGGCAGAUCGGGUGGGCGGGAGGCUGCAGACGGGGAUGGAGAAGCUCAAGUACGUGAUGAGGAGGACUGAGGAUCGGUGGAGCAGCUGCUGCAUAGGGGUCCUAAUCGUUGUGUUGAUUAUAUUGCUGAUACUGUUGUUGGUUCUCUGAAACAAGCGUACCGUAGGGUCUGGGCUGGGGCGGUUUGGGUUCUUUGGGAUGUGUUUUGGCAUGGAAGACAUUAUACCUGAGUGUGUAGAGAUGGGGGUUCCUAGAACUAGGCGUUUUGGGUUUGCCUUGGUCAGCUAUUCUGACAUGCUGGGUAUCUAACACAAUGAU